AUGUCGGACCGAGCGGUAGCUACCUUCGAGAAACCUUUGCAACAUUUGAGCCUACCGGAUUGGCACUCCCGGUUGAAUCAGCUGAAGAAUACGGCCUACAGUAAGCGAUCAGAUGCGUUCGAAUUGCGACAUAAUGCUAGGAAUCUUCGAAACGAGACCCGAAUUCAGUCCUAUUGGGACACUCAUCACAACAAUGAUAAAAUAUCGGACCGAGUGGCCGAACUUGAUCGCUGGCGGGAGACGAUGAGGAUUCUGUUGAAACGGGUGAAUGACGAAAUUUGCUCGCUAAAGGAGGAAAAGGCUUGCACCGAGCGGGAUCUGGAUGCUUUGAUUACCCCGCUGACGGUGGUCACCGAAAGUAUCAGCAUGCGUGACUGUCGGUUGGGAUCGGAGUUGACUUACGAUGAGGGCGAUACGGAGCUGAAGAACGAGCUGUGCAUCGUCGAGAAUAACCAGCGUCUUCUGCGGGACCAAAAUCAGGGUGCUUGGGAGCAACUGAACAGGCUGCAGGAGGUGAAGUUUAAGCUAGAGUUGGACUUGAACGAUAAGGAUGAAGCGCAGGCAAUUGAUCAGCAUCAGCUUGAAGUGGAUCAGCAUUGUGCUGACGUUACGUUUAAAACGGAUGCCACUAGGGUGCCGAAGAACUCUUGCACGUAUAGCAACUGGUUAGAGUACUGUGAGGAAUUGGUUUCGUUUACCGAAAAGACGCUGUUGGAUUCUGCAGCCGUCCGAGAAUCUCUUUUCGCUACCCGAGAGAAAGCCCGCAACAUUCUUAAGGCUCAACAGGAUAGAACCAGCCAUACUUUGAGAAAACGGAUUUUUGAAACCCAACGUGCUCGUAAUGAGCUUGAGUAUCAACAAGGAAAGAUGAAGGAAGAAAUGGACAAAUGCGCCACUGAGAUCGAAACUUUGGAGCGAGCUUACAACGAUAAGGUGGAAGCGCUGAAGGUUGUUGAAACGCGCUUGGAAAACCGCGCUCAACGUUCCGGCAUGGAGUUGUGCAUCGACGAGUCCUACCAUGGGUUGUGCGACGAGGUAAAUAAACUUCGGGAUACCAUAAAAAUUCUUCGCGAAAAAAUCAACGCAGCUAAAACGAUGUACCACGGUCUGCAUGAGCUGGCUAAAAAGGUUGAUCAAGAUUUGGAAAACAAGCAGCAUUCACUUAUGACCGACAUUCGAUCGGUGGAUCUUCGCGCACGUCUAAAUUCUGGAGAAUUCGGUGGAAAACCUACGCAAACCGAUCGGAAUAUCCACUUGUCCCGUUUAGAAGAUGAAAUUCCGAAAUCGUAA